AUGACGACUCGCGCGAUCGACGAGAGCAAAAAAGGGUGUGGUCACAUAACUCAACUGCAACAACCUGAUGUCUGUUCGCCGCGCACCGCCGGCCCCCCCGUCCCGCCACCGUAUCUGGUACCUACGUCCGUCCGCACGCUGUCCCGUCCACCCCCGGCCCCCCCGUGGCCGUCGUACCCCCGUCCGCGUCCAACCAGUCCCCGCCCCCGUCCCGCCCAUCGUCCGUCCGCCCCCGCCUGGUCGGCAAGUCCGUCACCCAAAGUAUCCCCCACCGCGUUCACGUCGUCCCCCCCGUACACACGGUCUAUCCGGCGUACCCCGUCCCCUCCCCCGUAUGUCGCCCAGUCGUAG